AUGGAGGGCUCACGUCCUCAAACAGGCCCAGAAGGCCACAGCUACAUUCUGGGCCUGCAAAAGGAUGAUAGGCCAGACAUGGGGGCUGAGGCCGAGAGCGGUGAAGUGGAUUUACACGGCAGAGCCAACAACCGUAAGGCUCUAGAAAGGGUCUACAGACUAGCGACCUUGGGGAUAACGGGUGCUAUGAGAACCACCCCUACACUCGCCAUGGGGGCUCUCCUUAACCUGACGCCUCCACACAUAGCGGAGGCAUGGAGGGCGGCCCUUCGACCCAGAUUCUCUGGGUUAUGGCGAGGCUCGGGCAGGGGGCACACGUCUAUACUCCGACUAAUGGAGGAGUUGAUUAAAGAAGACAUAUCCAGGAAGGAGGAUAAACUUGCGCUCCUCCACACAAAAGGGCUCGUCUGGUUCACAGACGGGUCAAAGAAAAGAGGAGGAGCGGGAACUGGAAUCUGGUCCGGAGGACCCAGGCUAAGCAUGUCGCUGGCACUAGGGAACACCACUACAGUAUUUCAGGCAGAGGUGUUCGCUAUACUCUCCCGCGUCACGAAAAUCCUGACGCUGGGAUACAGGGGCAAGUACAUCUACAUCUGCAGUGACAGCAGAGCAGCGCUUAGAUCGAUAGAUACAUGCGUGGUGAGAUCUAAGCUCGUGCAGGAAUGCACAGCCCUGCUGAGGCAACUAGUGCAAUCAAACCGCGUGAAACUGCUCUGGGUGCCGGCGCACAAAGGCAUCAAGGGUAACAUUGAAGCAGACCGACUAGCUAAAAGGGGAGCUUCACGACAUGGCCCGGAGAGGGGCUGCCAAAUCGGGGUCCCUACGGAACAUGUCAAAAAACUAGCAAAGAGGAUUGCAAGGGAUAAGUUCGCAGAGCUUUGGGGCAAUGCACCGGGCAUGCUACACACGAGGGGCCUGUUUAAAGGACCCUCGAGCAGGCUCGGUGAGGAGCUGAUCAAACUAAGCAGAACCGAACUGAGAAGCGUAACAGGGCUUAUCACGGGCCACUGGUACACAGGCAAACACCUCGUCCACCUUGGACUCAGGGAAGAGGCGAGCUGUCCCAGGUGUGGCGAAGAAGCGGAAACACCAUAUCACCUCUUAGUGCGGUGUGGGGGUCUAGUGGGCCCCCGUACGGAGGCCUUCGGACCUAACUUCACCGGCGAAGUGGGUAUAGAGGGAAUAGGAGUUGGUAGGCUCCUGCUCUUUGCCAGGGCUGCCAACCUAACUACCUUCCCCAUUGUCAACCAACAGAUCUUACAAGAACUCCUCCAGCAAUCAAUAGUUCUAGUCUAUAAUUCUCAGCAUCGCUCCACCAGCUCGUCCCAGAGCUUCUACACGUCCUCACGAGCCGUAACUGUCUGCGACGGGCGGCAACUCAACUACAUAGCUCAGGGACGAUAUGGGAAGGUAGAGGGGCUGGGUUUGCCUUGA